AUGUGUCUGUGUGCGUCUCCUGUAAUGGGAGAGGAAGACGAGGAGCUGGCGAGCUGGGGCUGGACUGGCCUCUCCAGCUACUCCUCCUCGCUGUCAGACUCUGAGCAGGACCAGCAGAUCUCCUCCUCCAUCCAGACAGGACUCAUGUCCAGACGCAGCCUGCGGCUCGACGAAGGCCUCCUGGAGCGUAGUCUUCCUCACAGCGGCGCCUCCUAUGGCGUGGGCGGAGUUAGCUGGAGGAGCAGCAGGCCCCGUCAUUCGCAGCGCCACUCAGCCUCCUGCUCAGAGUCCCUCCUUGCCGGUUCUCCUCGUAAACCAGGAGGCCAUUUUCUCCACGACAGCAGCCUCCACAGCCUGACCUCCGACGCCUCCUUGAUGUCCUCGCUACUGGAGGAGUCGUCCAUCCGGGAGAGCACGCUGGUGGAAACCUUCUGGGGUCUGGACCAGGAUGAAGAUCCCAAAGAAAGCACCAUCAUAGCCAGCGAGAGCAGCGCUCUGAUUGGUCCAGACAGCUGCUGCGCCAAACCGCCGGCCCCCAGCCUCGCCACGGUUUGCUGUCGAGACUGCAGCUGUCCGAGCGAGCCGAAGGUCGAGACGGAAACCUCCACGGUCUACUGCCGGGAGCGCGGCCGCAGGGGCCGUACAGGUGACGACUGUAAGGAGAAGCAGCGCUCCCAGCUGGACCCCCCCUCCUCCUCCUGGUCAUCCAGCCUUUCGGCGUUCAUCUGCAGCGCCGCAGUCUUCACAGCUGCAGCUCUGUGGCUCCUGACCCAGACGGUUUUUACCGCUUCACUGAGAGCCGGACGCUCUGCAGGUCGGAUGGCGGGAGAUGCGUUCAGGUGGGUCGGCAGUCGAUGGAAUCACGCGGGCUCACGCUUCCAUCCCGGCAGGCUCUUGGUUGGACUCCUGCUCCUUCUGCUGUUCUGUUUGCUUUGGUUCCGUCCUGCUGGUCUCCAUCUUCUCCUUCCCGGCUUCAACGUGGAGGAUGUCCCCGGUCUGUCCUCUGUCCCCGUGUCUCCUCAGGCCCCACCAGCAGAGGGCGUCACAGACGAUGAGGCCCAGAGUCCUCCCCCAUCGGCUGCAAAGCCGCCUCAGGAGGCUCCAGAGGCGGCUCCACCAGCUGUGGACGCUGAGCGGCUGGUCCACAUGGAGCGGAGUCUGAGGGCGCUGUGGGAGGAGAUGGAGGCCGCGGGGCGGCGUGCCGAGCAGAGUCACAGGGAGCUGCUCCAGCUCUACGCCGACCUCCGCCAGCAGGCGUCCGCCUCCCAGCGCGGCGGAGUGGAUGUGGAGCUGUGGAUUAGCGGGCUGAUGGAGCAGCAGCUGUCGCUGCUACGCAGACGCCUCGACGCAGAGAGGCGGCAGAGGGAACAGAUGCGGCGGCAGGACCUGCUGGUGCUGAAGAGCCAAAGGUCCCGUCUGGAGCAGCUGGAGCUGCAGCUGCAGCAGGUCACUGCCAGCAGUCAGGAGCUGAAUUUUCCACCUGACUCGGACACGGCGCCCCCUGCUGCCCUUCCAGCUACUCCCAGCGGCGCAAACGGGGACCAACAUUCCCAUGAUGCUUUGCAGGCAGAGGUCACCCGGUUGGAGGCGGCUCUGGUGGACGUCAGGCGAGACGUAGACGGUCUGUCCGGGUGUCGGGGCGGCUGCCAGCGGCUUGACAGCGUCCAGCAGACUGUUUCUCAGGAGACGUCGGUUCUGAUCCGAGAGGAGGUUCGGGCUCUGAUCUACGGGAACCAGCUGACCCAGUGGGGGGACUCUGUCCUGCCCGAGUCUCUCCUGCAAUGGCUGUCACAGCGGUUCAUCAGCGAGGAUGACCUGCAGGAGGCGCUGUCCUCUCUGGAGCUCAGCAUCCUGCAGAACAUCAGCCGCCGGCGGCAGCAGCUGCGGGGGGAGGACCCGCUCCCAGAUGCCGUUCUGGGUGAGGCCGGGAACGGAGUCACCAAGGAGGAGGUCCAGGAGAUGUUGGCGGAGGCCCUGAGGCGGUUCUCUCAGGACAGAACCGGCAUGGCGGACUACGCUCUGGAGUCUGGAGGGGGCAGCAUCCUCAGCACUCGCUGCUCAGAGACCUAUGAGACCAAGGCGGCCCUGCUCAGCCUGUUCGGAGUUCCUCUCUGGUAUUUCUCCCAGUCUCCUCGUGCUGUGAUCCAGCCUGACGUCCAUCCCGGGAACUGCUGGGCCUUCAGAGGCUCCAAAGGCUUCCUGGUGAUCCAGCUGUCCAUGAGGAUCCUUCCCACGGCCGUCACCAUGGAGCACAUCCCCAAAUCCCUGGCCCCCAGCGGGACCCUGCGCAGCGCUCCCAGAGACUUCAGCGUCUACGGUUUGCAAACCGAGCGCCAGGAAAGAGGGAAGCUGCUGGGAAAUUUCACCUACCAUGAAAACGGAGAGGACCUGCAGACGUUCCCCAUCGCUGAGAACGACGAGGCCUUCCAGAUCAUCGAGGUUCAGGUUCUGUCCAACUGGGGCCACCCGGAAUACACCUGCAUGUACCGCUUCAGAGUGCACGGGACGCCGAGCGCCGUCUGAGCCGCCGCCCCGCAGCCGGACCGUACGUUUCCUGUGGAAAUGCUCCAACUGUUCUGUGAUCCAAUGAAUCUGUUCAUAGUUUAGAUCCAGUUUGUUGCUGCUGCUGCUUUUCUUUUUAGCAUCUAUCAGGCGUGAUGCGUCGUCCGCCGCCACUACAGACUGAUUCAGAGUCCAGCCUCCCUGAGAGCAGAGCUUCUGUUCUUUAUUUUCACGCUGCAGACGGAGGCGCUGAGUCCCAUGACCAAAGAUCACAGCAACGUUUCACAUUUUAAAACGACUUUUAAUGCAGAAACGCAACAGACUUCCUGUUUCAGCUCAGAACGCUGAUUUUUAACAUUCAGGAUCUGAAGCUGAUGAUCUAAAGGGAGAGAAACUAGAACCCCUUCCAGCACAGCCACCGUUUGUCUUUCAUUUAAAAGUUUGUUACUUAUUUGCAAUAGAGCUAUUUUUAUAUUUGUAUGUAAAUAUCUUUGUACAAGACUUUAAACUGAAUUGUUAUGUAAUAAAGCUGCAACAUUUUAA